CCCCCGCCAUGGAGCGCUCCGAGGCCUAUGGCUUCUCCGCGGCCAUCAGCGGCGCCUUCCUGCUCUCCUGCCUGCUCUUCUCGGCGCUGAACCGCGAGCAGCGCGCGCCCUACAUGGACGAGGCCUUCCACGUCCCGCAGGCGCAGGCCUACUGCGAGGGCCUCUUCCAGCAGUGGGACCCCAUGAUCACUACACUGCCUGGCUUAUACUUGAUGUCUGUUGGGAUAGUGAAACCUGCAGUUUGGCUCUUUGGAUGGUCUGGAAGUGUAGUGUGCUCUACAGGAAUGCUCCGAUUUAUUAACCUCCUUUUCAGUGUUGGGAACUUCUACUUACUAUAUUUGCUUUUGUGCAAGAUACAUCAUAAAAACAAGACUGUGUCUGGUUUCCAGAGAAUCUUAUCUACAUUAACCCUUGCAAUGUUUCCUACCCUCUAUUUUUUUACAUUCCUUUAUUAUACAGACACAGGAUCAGUGUUUUUUACUCUGUUUGCAUAUUUAAUGUGCCUUUAUGGUAACCAUAAAACUUCAGCCCUACUUGGAUUUUGUGGCUUUAUGUUUCGUCAAACAAAUAUUAUAUGGACUGUUUUCUGUGGGGGAAGUGUUGUUGCACAAAAACUAAGUGAAGCCUGGAAGACAGAAUUACAGAAGAAAAAAGAAGAAAGGAUUUCAGCUAUGAAGGGCUCAUUUUCAGAAUUAAUCAAAGUAUUACAAUUUCUUACUGAGUACAUCAUGUCAUUUACAAAUCUAGUAACUCUUAUUGUUUUGACCUGGCCAUACAUACUCUUAGUAAUUGUGUUCUUUGCUUUUGUGGUAAUCAAUGGUGGAAUAGUUGUUGGUGACAGGAGUAGUCAUGAAGCCUGUUUCCACAUCCCUCAGCUGUUCUACUUUUUUUCUUUUACUCUCUUUUUUUCCUUUCCUCAUCUAAUGACACCUAAUAAAAUUGGAAAUUUCCUUCGAUCAGUACGGAAGCACUUGAUUCAGUAUAGCAUACUUAUUGCUAUCUCUUUAUUCCUGGUCUGGAAAUUUACAUAUGUUCAUAAAUACUUGAUUGGAGAUAACAGACAUUACACAUUUUAUGUGUGGAGAAAAGUCUUCCAAAGACAUGACCUUGUGAAAUACGUAUUUGUUCCAGCCUAUAUAUUUGCAGGCUGGAGUUUGGCCGACUCUCUGAAAUCAAAAUCUAUUUUCUGGAAUUUAAUAUAUUUUGUAUGUGUGUUUGCUGUCACAGUUCCUCAAAAGCUACUGGAAUUUCGUUACUUCAUUUUGCCAUUUUUAAUAUAUAGGCUCAAUAUUCCAGUUCCACCUCUUUCCAGGCUUCUUCUUGAGCUGACUUUAUAUAUUGUUGUGAAUGCAAUAACCUUUCAUCUAUUUCUGAACAAAACAUUUCAGUGGCCAAAUAGUGAAGAAAUCCAGAGGUUUAUGUGGUGAUUUUGUACUCCUAAGAAGACUCAAUUCUGUGCCUUUUCUGCAAUGAAUAAGUGACUACAGGCCCUAAAAUUAAGUGAAGUGUAUUGCUAUGUGUAACUUUUCUGUGGAUGGUGUAGGGCAGGGAUCGGCAGCCUUUGGCACGUGGCCCGUCAGGGAAAUCUGCUGGUGGACCCGGACAAUUUGUUUACUGGCAGCGUCCACAGGUUCGUCCGAUUGCAAGUCCCACUGGCCAGGGUUCACUGUUCCAGGCUAAUGGGGGCUGCGGGAAGUGACAUGGGCCAAGGGAUGUGCUGGCUGCGUGCCAAAGGUUAUUGAUCGCUGCUGUAGGGACUGAAGUGAGUUGGAUGUUUAUAUUCUUCGAAAUUAAUAUGGGAUCUGAUUUGCUCUUUCUACAUGAUAGGGUAUUACACCAAAUUUAUAAGGCUUUAGGGUCCUGGAUUUAAUAAAUAUGGCAUCAGGGAAAAUUCAGAAGUGUUUCCAAACAUUCUACAAUUAAUGUGAAACGAGGGAGAUGUUUACAGUCAUAAUUCAUAAUAAUAACAACAUUGUUCUAUGGUAAAUACUUAUAAAACUGUGUUUCCUCUAGUGUAGGCUCUGAAAAAAAAAUUAUCUGCUAUUAGACACCAAGGAAAAAAAUAACUGGUACUUGGAAAUGUUGGAGUAAAUGUUAAAUUCUUGGUUGGAGACCAGCACAAAUAAAACUUUAAAAAAAAAUUGCAAGUUAAUUGGUAAGCAUUCUGAUUUUAGGUUGUAGGUUUUUUCCAAAGUAUUUCAGCAGUUAAAUAUUUAUCUAACAGUUAUGACCGGGUUUCAUAAACAGUAAAAAUCUGAAGCAGAGGUCAUUUCCAUCCAUAUCUGUUAGAGACCAGGGUUUAAAUCCAGGGGAGCUAGGAUUUCACCCCAGAUUCUUCAGGGGUAAAAUUUUCAAAGUUCCUACUUCCCAAUGACUUUCAGUGAGAUUUAGGCUGCUAAGUGCCUAAGUCACUCUUGAAAAUGUGACCUAGGCUCCUAGGUCACUUACGUGUUUUGAACAUUUUAUCCCAGAUCAGUACACCUGUACCCCGAUAUAACGUGACCCAAUAUAACAUGAAUUCGGAUACAACGCGGUAAAGCAGCGCUCCAAGAG